CAAAAGAAACAACCACUCACUUCAAUUAUACCUUGUCCUUUCUUCUAUCUCCUCUCUCUUUCUUCUCAAUCUCAAAUCCCUGCAACCCCUCAAAUGAUCCUCAAACCCCAAAGGAAAAAACAAGAUUUUUCUCUCUUCUUCUUCUCUCUCCCUCUUCCUAUCUCUUUUUCUCAAAAAUCCAGCUGCUAGGAUAAUAUAUAUGUCAUGGUUCUUUGUGUAACCUACAAAUAACACAAGAAACAAAAAGAAAGAAAAUAAAGAAAAAGAAAAAGCCCUGGAGCAACAAGGAAGGAAGGAGAAAAAGGGAUGAAGAAAAAUUUAAAUCUGGCUAUAUGCUAAGGUUAUAAUUAAUUUUCCUUUGAAAAUUAACAAGGAUGGAAAUGGAACUAUUCCCAGCACAACCAGACUUGUCCCUAAAAAUUGGCCCACCAAACAUCAACCCUUCAUCAACUAAUUGGAAGAGGAAAACAAGUAGUAGUAGUGAAGAUGAGAAUAUGGAUUUGGGGUUUUGGAAAAGAGCUAGGGAAUCAACAAAUAAUACUUCUUCUUGUUUUGAGCUUUCUUUGUCAAAUAAUCCAUCAAGAACUAAUUAUUCUUCUAACCCUAACUCUGUCCAUCAUUUACACCAUCUCCAAAAUUACAUUUUACACCAAAAUCAAGGGAUAAGCCCGGAGCUUUGUUUCUUGGAGAAACCCAUAAGGGGAAUUCCAGUGUACCAUCAAAACAUAUUUUCUCAAAAGCCCUUUGAUGUUAGUACUAUUGGUGCUACUACUACAUUUCCUAUACCUUCUUCUCCUUGUUCUAUGAACAAUAGUAAUAAGAACAUAAGUAAUUCUUGUGCUUCUAGUAGGGCUAAUUUUCAUCAACAAGGUGGGUUUUUGAGAUCAAGAUUUUUGUCAAGAUUUCCGGGCAAGCGAAGCACAAGGGCUCGAAGGAUGCGAUGGACAAGUACUCUCCAUGCUCGUUUUGUUCAUGCUGUUGAGCUCUUGGGUGGCCAUGAAAGAGCAACACCAAAAUCAGUUCUUGAGCUUAUGGAUGUGAAAGAUCUCACCCUAGCACAUGUCAAAUCCCAUUUACAGAUGUACCGGACAGUGAAGACAACUGAUAGAGCUGCAGUUUCUUCAGGCCAAUCAGAGGUAUUCGAUAAUGGUUCUUCUGGAGGUACAUCAGAGGAAUUGAUGGUCGAAACUGAAGAAUAUUCAAGAAGGUUUGAAUUAACAGUUCAACAAGCUAGAGGGAAUAUUCAUCAAGAAAAUGAUUUUCAGGGUCUUUGGAGCAACUCUCCGAGGAAAAGAUUAUUCUCUUCAACAACGGUCUUUGUAGCAGGCACCUGCAUGGCAAACAAGGAGACUAUUUAGUCAACUUAAAAUCUCUUGAGAAGUGAACUCAUCAAGCAUAACAGAAACAAGCUCAAAGAUGCCUAAUUUGGAGUUCACAUUUGUAAGGCCUUCAGAAUGUGGGGAAAAAAAAACAAGAAAGCAGAAAACUAGUACUACUCAUUUUGAAAUCAUUAUAAUAUGACAAGGGAGCUUUGUUAACACAUAAAAAGAAAGAAAGAAAGAGAGAAUCAUCAGGUGCCUACUGAGAAAAAUCAGAAAAAAAAUAAUGAAGGGAAGGUGUGGGGGGUAGAUAUAGAGCCCAGCUACCAAAAGAAAAGGAGACGAGAAAGUAAGCAACAAAAGGAGAGGAGUAGAAAAGUUAUGACCUUUUCCUUUCAUUCUUGUGACCUCCAAUCAAUCAUAUAGAAGCAUUAUAUUAUGAGUUUAAGUUAUAGUAUGCAUUGUCGGCGUAAGAA